CCUCCAAACCUCUAUCAAACUUAAAUCCUGUAUUUCCCAUUGUGUUUCUCUUUGUUUCUUAAUUUCAUCCAAAUAAAAAAAAUAGCAGAAGUAGCAUCAACAAUUGACAAAAACAAUGGUGGUGUUGUCAAAACCAGCAAUUGAACAGUUCUCUUACAUCAGAAACAACAAUCCAACGCCUGCAUUGUUCACUCAAAUCCCUCUUGUAGACCUGUCAGACCCCGAUUCAAAGCACCAGAUGAUCAAAGCCUGUGAGGAGUUGGGAUUCUUUAAGGUGAUCAACCAUGGGGUUCCAACGGAAUUCAUUUCCCUGCUGGAAUCUGAAGCCACUGAGUUCUUUAGUUUACCGCUUUGCGAGAAACAGAAGACAGGACAGCCUAAGCCUUAUGGUUAUGGUAAUAAACGGAUUGGCGUACAUGGUGAUGUUGGUUGGGUUGAAUAUCUUCUCUUGACAACAAAUCAAGACUCCAAUCUCCAUAGAUUACAAACUUUCAGAUUGGCUUUGGGUAAUUACAUGAAAUCGGUGAAGAAAAUGGCUUGCGAGAUACUUGAAGUAAUGGCUGAUGGGUUAAAGAUUCAACCCAGAAAUGUUUUGAGUAAGCUGUUAAUGGAUGAAGAGAGUGACUCUGUUUUCAGGGUUAACCAUUACCCACCAUGCCCACAAGUUCAACCUUUGAAUGAGAAUGACAAUGGUGAUGUGAUUGGAUUUGGAGAACACACUGACCCACAAAUCAUAUCUGUGUUGAGAUCCAACAACACUUCUGGUCUUCAAAUCUCUCUUAGAGAUGGUAGCUGGAUUUCAGUUCCACCAGACCAGAACUCAUUUUUCAUCAAUGUUGGUGACUCCUUACAGGUGAUGACCAAUGGAAGGUUUAAAAGUGUAAAACACAGGGUGGUGACCAACAGUGUGAAAUCCAGGCUUUCAAUGAUUUAUUUUGGUGGACCACCAUUGAGUGAGAAAAUAGCACCUUUGCCAUGUCUGAUGAGAGGUGAGCAGCAAAGCUUGUACAAAGAGUUCACAUGGUUUGAGUACAAGAAAUCUGCUUACAAUUCAAGGCUGGCAGAUAACAGGCUCAUUCACUUCGAAAAAAUUGCUGCUUCAUAACCUUUCCA